UGUGAUGGGGGAUUGGGGGGAACCAAGCUACUCCCUAGCACACAGCCCUGGGGGGCAGAGGGAUCGGGCACCUGCAGGGGGCUCAGAGGUGGUGAGGUCCACUGGAGCUCACUGCCUGCUCUCCAUGGCUCCUGACUGCCUGGGAAGUGUUCUGCCUGUCCCACCUGGCCCUGGGAUGUGCUCACCUGCACAGGGGUGUGAUCAGGGUGGCCCUGGGCUCUGGGAACAUCCAGGUGGGACACAUGCCUUGUCAGGCCACCGUAUCACCACUGCAUGGGGGAAGAAUGGCUCUCCCACAGCCCAGGCACUGACACCCACCCCAGCCCUGCCUGCAUCCCACCAGAGCUCAGCUAUGGAAGCCAUGGCAGAGGACCCACACAACUCCUUUCAGCAGCAGCCCAAGCACUGCAGGUGCUUUCUGCAGCACAGUCCUGCAGCUGCUAUCACCACUCAGGGCAGGAUGGGUGCUGGGCUUGGCAUGGCACCACUGCCCACAGCUGGGACAGGACAAGACCUUGCUCUGCCUGGCCACGAGCCACACAGCUCCCAGCUGCUAUAAAACCAGCAGCUCUGGGGCUCGGCCAUGUAUUCUCAGGAUGGCGUUCCUGUGGGCAGUCACCUGCCUGGCCCUGGCCAGCACCGUUUCAGGCUGCGGGGUGCCCAUGAUCACCCCCUCGGUGCAGUACAACGAGAGGAUCAUCAAUGGGCAGAACGCAGUGUCCGGCUCCUGGCCCUGGCAGGUGUCCCUGCAGAGCCGCUCGGGAUCCCAUUUCUGUGGAGGUUCUCUGAUCAACGAGAACUGGGUGGUCACAGCUGCCCACUGUGAGUUCAGCCCAUAUUCCCACGUCGUUGUCCUUGGGGAAUACAACCUCGCCUCCCAGACUGAGUCCGUCCAGGUGAAGACCGUGUCGAAGGUAAUCACACACCCCAACUGGAACUCCAACACCCUCAACAACGACAUCACGCUGCUCAAGCUCUCCUCGCCCGCCCAGCUGAACUCCCGCGUGUCCCCCGUCUGCCUGGCUCCUGCCAACCUGGCUCUGUCCACCUCCACGGAGUGUGUCACCACCGGCUGGGGACGGACCAGCACUAUCUCCAACGCUCCAGCAACGCGCCUGCAGCAGGUCUCCCUGCCCCUGAUCUCACAGAGCCAGUGCCAGCAGUACUGGGGCAACCGCAUCACCAGCUCCAUGCUGUGUGCUGGGGGGGCUGGAGCCUCUUCUUGCCAGGGCGACUCUGGGGGUCCCCUCGUGUACAAGAAUGGGAACGUCUGGACCCUGAUUGGCAUCGUCUCCUGGGGAAGCACAAACUGCAACAUCCGCAUACCCGCUGUCUACACCCGCGUCAGCCACUUCCGAAGCUGGAUCGACCAAACUGUGGCCCAGGGGUAGAGCUGUGGGGAUCGCUUUGCUCCAGCAGUGCCAGCAUGGGGCUGAGCACAAAGCGAGGCUCACUCUGUUGCAGAGUAAUAAAGCAUGUGCUUGUAGCCAGCCCUGCUCCUUCCCUCUCAUGGUGUGGUGCAGGAGGUGCAUGGGGUUUGAAAAAGGUCUCAGCCCAGGCGGUACAACAGUCUGGGAAUGCAAACAACAGGAGGCAUCCCAGUUUGAGUCCUGUGAGGUGUGGGAGCAAAGGGCUG